AUGUCUCGAGGAGGUCCGGGUAUUUCUCGGCGACAAACUGCACAGCCUUCUUCUCCGUCCAAACGUGCGACUCCCAUCCUGGGUGCAGGUCGAUACAACUCUGCACCGCCGUUCCCCAAAUAUCUUCCCACUGGCGGCUGGGCUGGCCCAAAUCGACGUGAUGUAGUAUCGGCGGCACGAGGUCUUCAUCCGGCACUGCCGAUAGUUGAUAUUUGUCGUAGUCAAGAAAGGUGA